AUGGAGAAUAUCGAUAGAUUGGGAUCUACUUCAACAAAUUCUGCGGUUGAAGACGGAUUAGGAUCUACAUCAAGAGGAUCUACAUCGAUCAAUGAUGGAUCGAUUAUGAACGAUCUUAGAAAUCCAGGAGGCUCUCUUUUUUAUACGGAUUCAGAUUCGGAUUCAGAGGCAGAAUCAAAUAAUACCGCAGUUGAAGUGUCAUACUUACCUGAUUGUCCAUCCCAGCUGAAGCCUUACAUUGGUCAGAUUUUUCUUAGACUUGAUGAUGCUACUGAGUUUUAUAAUAAGUAUGCACGACAUGUUGGGUUUGACACUCGUAAACAUGGAUCUAAAAAGAAGGUGGAUCAUGUCACAUGGUUGUAUGUUGUGUGCAGUAGAGAAGGUCGGAGGAAAAUGAAAAUGCAAGGGCAUGAGUCAAAACGUAGACGUUCUUCUAGGAAGUGUUUUUGCAAGGCUAAAAUUGCUUUUAAGUUUUGUAAAGGAAUAGGUUAUGUUGUCAAUCAAUUUUAUGAAAUACAUAAUCAUGAUAUGGUGGAGUUACGCCAUAAGCGAUUCAUGAGGCUGAAUCGCAACAUUGACCUAUUGCAUCAGAAAUUUAUACUAGAUUGUGCAAGUGCAAACAUAGGCCCUACACUGACUUUUAAGUUGCUGAAUGAGGUUCUUGGUGGGCUGGAUUAUGUUGGUUGCACAGUUGUAGAAGUUAGAAACUAUAGGCGCGACUUGAGAGCAUAUACUAGUUGGGCAGAUGCACAAAUGGUACUUAAUGAGAUGAGCUGGAAGAAAGAGAAUUGUCCAGCAUUCACCUAUGAUUUUGAGGUGAACUCUCAGGAUAUGCUCACUCGUCUUUUUUGGUGUGACCCCAUUGCUAAGAAGAAUUUCCAUCUCUACGGUGAUAUAGUAUCGUUUGACACAACAUAUUCAACUAAUAGGUACUGCAUGAUAUUUGCACCGUUCACAGGAAAAGACAACCAUGGGAGACCUGUAGCAUUUGGUGCAGGCUUAUUAUCUAAAGAAAAUGCUGAUUCAUUCGCAUGGUUGUUUGAACGUUUUGUCAAAUGUAUGGGUUCUGCACCAAAAUUGAUCAUUACUGAUCAGGAUUUGGGAAUGAAGGUUGCUGUGGAAAGAGUCCUUGUUGAUACAAGACAUCGAUGGUGCAUGUGGCACAUCAUGUUUAAGGUUGUGGAAAAGUUACCAAAGAAUCUACUUGGCAAUGAAGAUUUGAAAAAAGAGUUAAACAAUUGUGUGUGGUCUGAGCUGAUAGAGCCUGAAGAAUUUGAUGAAGAAUGGAAUAAAGUAAUGGAAAAAUAUGGGCUUAAGGACAAUGAGUGGUUUUCCUCGAUGUUUGCCUCUCGAAAAUUUUGGGUGCCUGCAUUCUUUAGGGAUUUUCCAAUGAGUUCACUAAUAAAGACCACAUCAAUAUCUGAAUCUCAGAACAUAUUCUUCAAGAGGUACUCCAAGUCUCGUUCUAAUCUUGUUGAAUUUCUUAUGAAUUACAACAAUGCAUUGGAUGGCCAAAGGAGCAACAACAAUAGGCUAGAAUACUUGGAUUUUAAUACAAUUCCAACUUUGAAAACAAAUUCAGCCCUCGAGAAGCAUGCUUCAACAAUAUAUAGUGAUAGUGGUUUCAAACUAAUUCAAAGUGAGAUAGAGGAAGCAGUUGACAAUGUCACUAUGGUGACAGUGUCAAACAUUGGUGAGAAUGAGAUUUAUGUAGUCAACGACAAGUUCUCGAAGAACUGGACUGUGUCAUACUCCACAUCUUUUGAUUCAUAUGCAUGUAGUUGUAAGAUGUUUGGGAGGAUUGGGCUUGUAUGCAGUCACAUUUUUUGGGUCUUGAGAAACAAAAAAAUAAAAUUAAUCCCUAAUGAGUUACAUGGAGGACGAUGGUUGAAGUCUAAAUUUGUCAAGGCCGUUCAUUGUGGGUUUGAUGAUGAUAUUGAAACAUUUAUUGUUGCGGAUGAGACGAAGCAGGAGUAUAGGGAUAUGCAUGGAGAUUUUUAUGAUAUUGCACGACUUAUUGAAGGAGAUAGUGAUAAAAUUCGAGCAUUUAGACAAAUUAUGGCUGAAGGGAGAAAAGAAGUACUUGGUGAGGGAAAUGUGUUGUCAAUUAGUGAAAAGAGAUUAAUGAUUGAGAAUUUUUAUGGAUCACAUGUCCCUAGUCAAAUAGAUGUUCAUCCGCCAGAUGUCAUCAAAACCAAAGGUUGUGGUCGACGUCUUUCUCGGCUUGAGAAGGAAAUGAGAGAGAUGUCCAAGCCUGGUCGGAAAUGUGGAAAAUGCGGCGAGGUUGGUCGGCAUGAUUCAAGAAAUUGUGAUAAGAUACAUGAGGAGAAUAACAAGAAAAAGAGGAGAAACCAAUGUUAA